AUGGCCUCGUCAAACUCCUUGCAUCUCUCCAGCGCGACAUUCGCAAAGCUUUCGCCACACCCUUUUCUGCUGGCCAACCUCCAACCCGAUGAUGCCUCGAGCCCUUCCACUCGCACAAACAAACGCCAGCCAAAGCAGCCCCGGUUACCGUAUAUCAACACAUCCUCGCUGUCCCACGCACACGGCAGCGCCAUUGUGCGCACCGGCGACACCACGGUGAUAUGCGGCGUUCGCGGUGAGACUUUGCUCACCUCGGCCAUUCCUAACUAUCGCGCUCCCGACGAUUCGAGCGGCGCCAAUGUAGACGAGGCCAAGGACUACGACCUGCUCGUGCCCAACAUUGAGCUUGCUACAGGAUGCGCUCCCAACUUCCUACCAGGCGUGCCACCGACGACGCUCGCACAGACGCUGAGCACGCGAGUCUACUCUUUAUUGCACAACUCAAAGCUUAUAGACGUAUCCCAAUUACGCAUCUAUUCGAACCCUGAACAGACCGAUCGCGACCAAGAUGGAAGGCCUGGCGAGGCCAUGGACGCUGAUGAAACCGACGAAUUUGCAUCAGACGAAAGAAUAGUCAAGGCGUACUGGGUGUUGUACAUUGACGUCCUCUUCAUUUCGUUUGACGGCAACCCCUUUGACGCCGCCUGGGCGGCCAUACUUGCUGCACUCCGGGACACCACACUGCCCCUCGCGCACUGGGAUGCCGACAGAGAAAUGGUGUUAUGCCAACAAGAGACCUCCCCACUGAGCCUGCGAGGAUUUCCGGUGGCGACUACUGCAGCAAUCUUUACGGCAAAGGAGAGACAGAAGAAGGGCGGCGGCAAGUAUUGGACACUUGUGGACCCGGAUAGACUCGAAGAAUCCCUGUGUGACGAGACCGUGACGAUAGUCGUGGACCGCAGCAACGGCGACACCAAGUUUCUGGGAAUCUCAAAGAGCGGCGGCACAAUCGUGGGUCCGGAGCUGAUAAGAGACUUGGCUACAGUGGCCGAGUCACGGUGGGAGGACUUCCGAAAGGCUACAAAAUAA